CCAAACUUUUAUUUUCCUCCCCUUUCUUUUCUCCUACUUCUUUCUUCUUCUUCUUCUCCUACUUCUUCCCCUUUUUCCACCUCUCCCUGGUUUUCUUCUUCUUCUUAAUUCCCUUCUUCCACUCUUCCUUCUUCUUCUCCCACCUUUUUUUCCAUUUCUUACUCUCACCCAUUGAGUCCAAAAUUUAAUUACUGUGUCUAGCUCUGUGAUUGUCUGUGCACUAAAAAAGUAUUCCAAGUGUGUAUUUAUGUGAGCUUGAGGGUGUGUUCAUUCCGAAUUUUAUUGCCUAGCUUUGUUGUGCUAGUUGAUUAUCAGUUGGUGAAGGCCUGGUGUCUAUUACGUUUGAUUCUUACUCCAUCUUAGUGAUGAGGUUAUCAAUUUACCUAUAUCUAUCUUGUAAUGACUGAUUUGGUGUUCGACAAGCUUCAAGAUUCGCCUUUUCUUAUCUAGUGGUCACAUCAGUUGAAGUUGAAGAAGAGGCAUUCUGCCGUAGUUGAAACAUUCAGAAGCAUUUCAAGCUGUCAAUAUUGUCACAGUGCUGCUUUGAUGGCGGAUAAGAUACUUGGAAACAUACCUAAUGGCAUUGCAAAAAAUGAUCCUCCAAGGACUUUUGAAGUUGUUGUUGCUGCUACUAGGGAAAUGGGCAUAGGUAAAGAUGGUAAGUUGCCAUGGAAACUUCCAUCUGAUCUCAAAUUUUUCAAGGAGCUCACAAUGAGUACGUCAAAUCCUGCAAAAAAGAAUGCAGUGAUUAUGGGUCGGAGGACAUGGGAAAGUAUUCCUAAUGAGAAAAGACCUUUGCCAGGUCGCUUGAAUAUUGUAUUAACUCGUUCUGAAAGCUUUGAUAUUUCCACAGUGGAGAAUGUUAUUACAUGCAGCAGCAUGAGCUCUGCCUUAGAUCUAUUAGCUUCCUCCCCUUAUUGUUUCUCCACUGAGAAAGUAUUUGUGAUUGGUGGUGGCCACAUACUGAGGGAUGUGCUGAAUGCACCCGAAUGUGAUGCCAUCCAUCUCACAGAUAUAGAAGCAAGUAUUGAAUGUGACACAUUCAUCCCAGCAGUUGAUGUUUCAGUGUUUCAGCCUUGGUUCUCAUCGUUUCCAUUGGUAGAGAACAACAUUAGAUAUUCUUUUGUGACAUAUGUACGUGUGAGGAGUCAGUCUAGUCAAUCUCAGAUUCAGUAUGAUUUUCAAGCAACUAAUGGAAAUUCUUGCAAGGAUAAGAUUGAAAUCCAACAAUUCUCGUUUCUUCCUAAAAUGAUAUUUGAGCAGCAUGAGGAGUACAGUUACCUUAGGCUUGUGGAAGAUAUCAUAUCGCAUGGUGCUAUGAAAAUUGAUAGGACAGAGACAGGGACACUAUCAAAGUUCGGUUGUCAGAUGCGAUUCAAUUUGAGAAGAUCUUUUCCACUUCUUACCACCAAGAGAGUAUUUUGGCGAGGUGUUGUUGAAGAAUUGUUAUGGUUUAUAAGUGGAUCGACAAAUGCCAAGGUUCUUCAGGCAAGGGGAAUACGCAUAUGGGAUGGGAAUGCUUCAAGAGAUUAUCUUGAUAGUGUUGGUUUAGCUCAUAGGGAAGAAGGUGACUUAGGACCUAUCUAUGGCUUUCAGUGGAGACACUUAGGCGCCAAAUAUGUUGACAUGCAUGCGGAUUAUUCUGGGAAAGGGUUUGACCAGCUCUUAGAUGUUAUUGAAAAGAUAAAGAAAAAACCAGAUGAUGAACAGAUUGUUCUAUCAGCUUGGAAUCCUUUUGAUCUCAAAGAAAUGGCUCUUCCGCCUUGUCACAUGUUCUCUCAAUUUUAUGUGAAGGAUGGAGAACUUUCAUGUCAAAUGUACCAGCGUUCUGCAGAUAUGGGUCUCGGUGUGCCAUUCAACAUUGCUUCAUACUCACUCCUAACAUAUAUGAUUGCUCAAGUUUGUGAUCUCGUUCCUGGGGAUUUUACUCACCACAUUGGAGAUGCUCAUGUUUAUAGGACUCAUGUAAGGCCAUUGCGAGAGCAGAUUCAAAAGCAACCUAAACCAUUUCCGAUUCUAAAGAUUAAUCCUGAGAAGAAGGAUAUUGAUUCUUUCACUGCAUCUGAUUUCUCCCUUGUUGGUUAUGAUCCUCAUUCCAAAAUCGAGAUGAAAAUGGCUGUGUAGAGCCCGCCCUCUCAGUAUAAUAAAAAAAAGAAUACAGAUGGAUGUUCAGUGAGUUAUCCUCCAGGGGAAGCAGGCAUAUUAAUUAAAAAUGCUUCGCAGGUUUUUGUAUUUUAGGUCUUUCUUAGGAUAGUUUUUUUAUUUUUUUUAUGCUAUUUAUUGAAGGGAGUGGCAGUGAGAGGAGACGAACGAGCCUUGGGUUUUUGUUUGUCUGCCUACGAGUUUCAUGUGUCUUAGUAUUAUUAUUAUAAACCUUGUUGAGGAAUUUUGAAAAUUGAGAGAAUUUUGCUUUA